AUGUUCCAUGUCCUAAGACCCCCUGGAAAACUAAUAAUGGCUGUAGUAUAGCCUUUCUGUGCAAUUCAUUCACAAAAUCUUACUUAUAAUUAUGUCCAAGCACCAAUGUCAAAAGCACUAGCAAUGAGAAACAACAGUUUCCAAGUAGGCUUUAUUCUUCUUGGCUUCACUAAAUGGCCCCAUCUAGAAAUUAUUCUCUUCUGGAUAGUGAUCAUUUUGUACGCCAUGAUCAUCCUCUCCAACUCAACAAUUAUCUUGCUCUCUUGUGUGGACGUUCAUCUCUACACUCCCAUGUACUUCUUUCUUAGCAAUCUUUCCUUCUUGGAUCUCUGCUUCACUACAACUGCUGUGCCUCAGAUGUUGUCUAACUUGUGGAGGCCAGACAAGAGCAUCACCUACACAGGCUGUGUCAUUCAAGUAUCUGUGUUCCUCUGCCUUGGUGCAACAGAAGGUGUUAUGUUGGUGAUGAUGGCCUUUGACCGCUAUGUUGCUAUUUGCCAGCCUCUGCACUAUACCAUCAUCAUGAAUCAUCAGUUCUGUUGGAAACUGGUGCUAAUAGCCUGGCUGUCUGGACUGAUGGAAUCUGCAACCCAAUCUCCCAUCACAUUCCAGCUUCCUUUUUGCACCCACCACCACCCGGAUGAUUUUCCGUGCGAAGUUCCUGCCUUCAUAUGCCUAGCAUGUGGAGAUACCUCAGCCACUGAGUGGCAAAUGACCACCUCUGCUGACCUUUUCACCAUCGUGCCAGUGGUAUUGAUCCUGACUUCCUAUGGCUAUAUAGCUCGAGCCUUGGGGAAACUCCAGAAGAAGAGGGAAGAAGAGGGAAGGAAAAAAGCCAUUGCCACUUCCCACCUUAUUGUGGUCUUCAUGUUUUAUGGGACAGUGGCCAUGGUUUAUGCAGAUCCUAAGAACCACUUUGCUUCAAAUUAUGGCAAGAUCUUCACUUUCUUCUACACUUUGGUCACACCACUGUUGAAUCCUCUCAUCUAUACUCUAAGGAACAAAGAAGUAAAAGAUGCUCUGCAAAGACUGCUAAAGAAAAUGAUGCACAAAUGA